CUCUGAGGCAAGUUAAGGGUCUCUGAGGCGAGUUAAGGGUCUCUCAGGCGAGUUAAGGGUCUCUCAGGUGAGGGUCCAGGUACAUUAAGGUGUAUAUAUUGAUAGUUAUAGAUCAGCUGUUGGACUCACGUUGGAUUUGGCCACGUUCCCCCGCAGAGUGAUGUUCUUGCUGUGCUUCUCGUUGGCCAUGCGGAUCCUCUGUUUGGCCACCAUCUUCUUCUCUUGAGUGGUUUCUCACUGGUUCCCGGUGGUUCUGAUGGUUCUGAUGGUUCUGGUGGUUCUGGGGAGUUUUCCUGCGUCUUCUUCUCUGGUGGAGGACUGCAGACUGGGAGCCGCUUCUCUUGUCUACGUCCUCAAAAAGAUGCGAGGGUCAGACGGCACUUCUCUGCUGUCCGGACCCACCUGUGAGCCGCUGGCCAACUUCAACAGGGAUGCGCGGCCCUCCAGGUGUGUGACCUUCAGCCGAGAUGGGUCUCUGUUCGGCUGGUGCAACGGACACAGUGUGUCUGUGGUGCGGUGUGCAGACGGAUCCCUGCUCUCGACCUUUGACCUCCCCAAGACCUCCGUGCUGAAGAUCUCUCCUCAGAACACCGUGCUGGCUACCUGGCAGCCCUACAGCAAGGCUCAGGACAGUGCUCAGGGAGACCCUAACCUCCAGCUGUGGGACGUACAGAGCGGUCAGCUGCUCAAAGCUCUGUACCAGAAGAAGAUGGAGUCAUGGUGUCCCAGCUGGUCUGCAGAUGAGCAGAUUGCAGUGCGGAGCGUCAACAACGAGCUGCACUUCUACGAGAACAACGACUUCAACACGAUCGCCAACAAGCUGCACAUGCAGAAGGUCUCAGACUUCACGCUCUCUCCUGGGGGGGCGCCCAGCAAGGUGUGUGUUUACGUCCCGGGCAGUAAGGGCGCCCCCUCCUUUGUGAGGCUGUAUCAGUACCCUCAGCUCGGGGGGCCGGGGGCCGCACUCGCUAACAAGAGCUUCUUCAAGGCCGACAGGGUCAGCAUGACGUGGAACAACAAGGCGUUGGCGGUGCUGGUGACAGCGAGCACGGAGGUGGAUAAGAGCGGAGCCUCGUACUACGGCGAGCAGACUCUCCACUUCCUGUCUGUGAGCGGGGGGACAGCACUGGUGCAGCUGCAGAAGAACGGGCCCAUCUACGACGUCUCGUGGUCUCCCAGCUCUUCUGAGUUCUGUGUUGUUUACGGCUUCAUGCCGGCCAAAGCCACCGUCUACAACCUGAAGUGUGACCCUCUGUUCGACUUCGGGACGGGACCGCGCAACGCCGCCUACUACAGCCCUCAGGGUCACAUCCUGAUCCUCGCUGGCUUCGGGAACCUUCGGGGUCAGAUGGAGGUCUGGGACGUGAAGAAGUACAAACAGGUGUCUAAGCCCCAGGCUCCGGACGCCACCCACUUCUCGUGGUGUCCUGACGGGGAACACGUGAUCACGUCCACCUGCUCUCCCCGGCUGAGGGUCGGGAACCGGUUCCAGGUGUGGCACUACGGGGGGGCCGUGGUUCACAAACAGGAAGUGGCUGCGGGCACGGAGCUGUGGGAGGUCCGCUGGCAGAACCUUCCUCCAGGUAGCUUCCCCCAGAGGGCUGUCAGGUACCAGCAGGAGGCCGGACCCCUGGGGAGCACCCAGCCCCCCCCAACUCAGGCAUACCGUCCCCCCGCAUUGAGACACCUGCCCCCCGCUGAGAGGGCCCGACUGCACGAGGAGGAACCUGCUCAGAACCUCCGACCCGGAGACAAGAGUCUCUCUAAAGCGGCUCUGAAGAACCAGAAAAAGAGGGAAAACAAGAAGGCCGCCAAACAGGAGGUGAAAACUGACCCUCCGUCUGACCCCGCCCCCGUCAGCAACAACCAAUCAGAGACGAGCAUCGGAGAAACCGAGACCGACAAGAAGAUCAAGAACUUAAAAAAGAAGCUGAAAGCGAUCGAGGAGCUGAAGGAGCAGCAAACGUCUGGGAAAGUUCUCCAGAAGAACCAGCUGGAGAAGCUUCAAAAGGAGGAUCAGCUGCUGCAGGAGCUGAAGGAGCUGCAGAUCAGCCUUUAGACAAACACACAAACACACACACAUUCACUCACACACACGCACACACACACACAC